AUGAAUAUAUCAGAGGAUCAACAACAAGAUCAACAACAACAAGAUAUACCAGAGCAGGUUGAUGAACUACCAGUGGUGGACAUGAGAAGGAAGAAGGGUAGUUCACGUAGACAACAACAACAACAACAACAACAACAACUGGAGGAUGAACUGCAACAGCAACAGCAACAAGAUGCAGACAUGAGGAGGAUGAAGAAGGAGAAGCGCAGUGCACGUAAACAACAACAACAACAACAACAACAACAGACACAGCCACAACAGCAACAACAAGUUAACAAUCAACAAAGAGAUAAUAAUGUUGAUGAUAGUGCGAUGGAUAGCUUGGUCGCCAACACAAUGCAGUUGAGUAUUACUGUCAAUAAUAAUCAUCAUAAGGGUAGUAAGGAGGCAAGUCCGCCAAUUCCAGUGUUUAAGUCGAUGUACAAUGCGAUAAAGGGAUCGGUCUUCUCGGACUUUGGUACAUACGAUCGCUUCCUAAUCGAUGGUGAUGCGAUGAUUGUCCACCUAUUCUCUGUGCACUUCUCAACGGCUGGCGACAUGCUACUGGAUCCCGACCGUGCCCAGUCACUCCAGUUCUUCUUCUACUUUGAAUGGUAUCUGGACAACAUGCUCAACCGCAAUGGACACUUCCAUAUCAUCUUCAUGAAGAAGUCAUACCUAUUCUACAAGUCUCCCGUCCUUUUAUUACUUCGUAAUCAAUGCAUUGAGUACUACACUAAUCUGUUAGAUACCAAUCGUAAGACCAAUGCCAAGUUUGGUCGUAUUCAACUAUAUCAGUUUGAUGGAGAAUGGUGGCAACCAGAUGGCUUCCAAACCAUCGCACAAUACUAUAAGGACAACUUGUUCUCAUUCAUGUUGACCAUGUUCCCAACCAAAACAACCGCGACCCUCUAUGAUGACAACGCCUCAUUCUUAUUCAUGUUGCGCUCCAAUGAGGAGUACUUUGACUUCUUUGUCGAGUUCAGUGGACUGGUGUUUGACAGCAUCAACAUGCGAUCAUUCAUUUAUACCAAGCGUAACAUACAUCGAUUCAGGUCAGAGAGGAAUGUAAACUAUGUCAUCAACUAUGCCAAGAAGGCCGAACUCAAGCUGACAAAGGACUCAUCCUUGUCACCCGACAUCGACACUGAUGUCAUUGCCGGCUCAGUCGCGACCAAUCGUCGCAACACACUCUUUGUACUGGCACUCAUCUCGUACGUCUCGGACGACUCGAGGUCCGGGGCGUCGCCACACCAAGAUCGCAUGCAGUUUGCCAAGGUCUAUUGUAUGUACCUGGCGCUCAUGGAGCAUGUGCCCGUGGACCAGCGCAGCAUCCACUUCCCCGCGCUCAUGAAGGACGAGGAUAGCAGCAAGUAUCUGGUGCCAAUCGCCAUCAAUAUCGAGAGCCUCGUGGAGCAUGCCAAUAGACACUUGCGCGACAAUGUGGUCACGAGUGAGAUUGUGCGACACAAGGUCGAGCUCGACUUGCUCGACCACAAGCUGUUCCUUGUGGUGCUCACGCUGAUGGCGUCGCGCGCCAACGACCCCACGCAGACAUUGGACACCCUGUUUGGCAAGGAGCUUACGAACCAGGCACUGGCCAUCUGGCACUGUCUGGAUCCUUCGACGCGCGAUGAGUUUGUCGUGCUGCCCAAGGUCACCGUGCUACUACCAAGUGAAAUAGCCGUCGCCAUACUCGAGGAGAUCAAGACGGCCACCAACGAGAAUGACAAACACUCAAUCGACAUGUAUCGCGUAGAGAAUGACUUUAUCCGAGGAAUUAUACCGGAUCUCCCUCGUCUGGGCGCCAUCUUCAGCGCGGACAAGUGUGAGCAGCGGCCUCAGGUCACACAAUUCAUCGACAACUAUCACUGGCAUAAUGGCAAGCCGAUUGACCCCGACUCAUUCUCGCUGCAGAUGAAGCUGUCGGCUGCCAAGGAGAAGCAAUGGCUGAAGCGCGCAGGCUUCCAGCGAUAUGCCGACAGUUUGAACGACCCAAAACUCAAGAUCGUCAUCAAGGCCAACGCGGACAACUCUACCAGCACCAGUUUCACCUCGGUGCCCAAGAACAUGAACGAUGUGCACAUCAACCCAAAGACAUUGGAAAGGUCCAGGUGGGCCUCGGACACGAUCAAACUUUUGGACAACGUUGAGGUGCUCGAGAUUGUCAAGGGCCACUACAUUGAGCAUCUGGCCUUGCUCCGUCGUCAGCUGGACCAAGAAGUCAAGGCAGCCUCUGGCGCCACUGAGAAGAAAAAGAAGAGUGGUGGAUUGAUCGGUUUAUUCAAGGACUUAAUCAGUGGCACGCUCUCCUCAUCCAGCACCAAGUCAGCAGCCAAGAUCGAAGCAGCGAUGCUCGAUUUGAGGAAGCAGAUCUUCCAGCUAGUCCAGAAGUACCUACGAUACUACAUGGAACGUGCAGUAUUGACAAUGGACGACAACAUGAUCGGAGAGCACCUCUACCAGAUUGCUAUUGCACCGCCCCUCUCGAUGGACGACCUGGCCAACCAAGUGUCAAUCACAUUCAAUCUCGGCCACAAGUUGCUCGAGCACGUGUCCACCAGCGACUCAAUCGAGUUCCAGAUGAAGUACGCCAACGACACACUCAUCAGGAACAUCGACUCGCGUAAAGACGAACGUGUGAGGGACUUUGACCCAGACACCUGGCAGGUGGAGCUGCUCAACAUCGUGGACAAGAAUGAGUCCGCACUGAUCUGUGCGCCAACAUCGAGUGGCAAGACAUUCAUCAGUUUCUACGCUAUGGAGAAGGUGCUCAAGCAGUCCAACGACGGCGUGGUCGUCUUUGUUGCGCCCACCAAAGCCCUCGUCAAUCAGAUGUACGGCGAGCUGCUCAACAAAUACGACAAGCGCUAUCCUGCCGGCAGCAACAAGGUGGUGUCGGGUAUCUUCACACGUGACUGGCGCAAGGAUGUCGACAACUGCCAGAUCCUGAUCACCGUGCCCCAAUGUCUCGAGAUCCUGCUGCUCUCAAUCACCAACACGGUGUUUGUUCACCGCAUUCGCUACAUCAUCUUUGACGAGGUGCACAUGGUCAGCAACACCGAGAAUGGCUACACAUGGGAGCGUCUGCUCCUGCUGAACCCAGCGCCAUUCCUUGCGCUAUCGGCGACCAUUGGCAACCUGGACGCCUUCCACAAGUGGAUGGAGCGCAUAGAGCCCACCCGCCGUGUUCAUCUCAUCCAGUACCACCACCGCUUCAACGACCUCAAGAUGUUUGUGUACUCCAAGACUGAUGGCGCGCUGCCACUCAACCCGCUCAGCACCAUCAAGGCGCGCAAGUCCAAGACGUGCGCGACGCGCGCGCUCUCUGCCGAGGUCAGCUUCCUGAGUGACGAGUCGCUGGACAUCUACAACGCCCUCACUCGCCACUUUGGUGCCGACCAGACACUUAGCAUCAACCCGCACACACACUUCUCCAACGCGUCCAAGGACUCGAUCUACAACCUAAACAAGCGACAGGUGCAUUACUAUCAAGAGUCGAUAAAACAGUUCAUCGCGGAUGUGCAGCGCUCGGACGAUCCGGUGCGCCACGCCAAGCUAGACCUGGUGGUGCGCGAAUUCAACAUCAAGCGCACGCACUACCAUUACUACGACUGGGAGGAGAACAUUGCCGAAGUGCUAGUCGACCUUAAGCGUCGCGACCUGCUACCAGUCAUCGUGUUUGUGUUUGAUCGCACGCGAUGUGAGAACAUCGUGCGCAGGGUGGCCGACGACAUUGAGACGUUCCGAAACACAGACAGCUCGCGCAUUGCCAAGGAGCUCACUGCCGUCAGGAACUCCAUCCGUGCCAAGAUGGUCCCGAUCACAGACGAGGACGACCCUCUUAUUAUCAAACUGCGCGCACUCGAGAAGGAGAUGGCCGACAUAAACGGCCCAUUCUUUGGCUCAGUGACCGAGGACGACGUCGACGAGUACGUUAAGAGCAGCUUCUUCUCCAAGCAUCUCUCGCCCAGUCUGCUGCAGGGCAUUGGCGUGCACCACUCUGGCUGCAACAAAAUGUACCUGCGCGCCGUCGAGCAGCUGUUCCGCCAGAAGAAGAUCCAGGUCUGCUUCGCCACGGGCAGUCUGGCGCUGGGCGUCAACAUGCCCUGUCGCACGGUUGUGUUUGGUGGCGACUCGCCCUAUCUCAAUCUGAUGACCUUCCGCCAGUGCUCUGGACGUGCCGGUCGUCGUGGCCUGGAGAACCGUGGCAACGUCAUGUUCAUGGGCGUGUCCAAGCCCAAGGUGCAUCGACUGGUCAAUGGCAAGCUCUCCAACCUCAUUGGAAACACGGUUAUCUCGCCCAGUUUGACCCUGUCCCUACUCAGCCGUCACAACUACUCCUCGAUGCUGCCCGACAAGCGCAGUGCCAAGGCCGACACAGAGCUGCUGAUCAACGCGGCCAACAAACUGAUACAGCGAUCUUUCUUCCAGGGUGAGUCCCUUCAGUCGCAGUUCCAGGUCCACUUCUCGAUCGACUAUCUGUACCGCGAGGGAUUCAUCGAUCACGAGGCCAAUGCACGUGACUUCUCAGGCAUCGUCACUCAUCUGUCCUACCUCGAGCCGUUCAACUUUGUCCUGACCACGCUGCUCAAGGACGGUGUGUUUGAUCGCCUGCCCAAGGACGCCAAUGACAGCGACCUGGCUAUCGUCAAGAUCCUGGCGCACCUCUUCCUCACCAAGGCGUCGCCGCCCGACACCAAGUCCCACUCAAUGACCCAGUUUGUGAACCUGCCUGGCGAUGCCAGCCAGUCUAUCGCCAACCACAACAACCGUGCCAUCCCUGCCUUCCUGGGCUACAUCUCUGUGUACCGCGACCUCCAUAUCAAACCACCCGAGCUGCCCCUCUCCACAAUGUACAGCCUCAACAUCCACACCAAUCCAUCAGACUCGCGCGCAUCUGCCCUGCUGGCCAAGUGGCGCGAGUCCACCAAGGACAUGCAUCCAGUGUUCAUGUACAAGAAUGGCAUCCAGGCCAUGUCGGGUCUGCCCAACCUCUGCUCGUGCUACGCCGAGCUCAAGUACUUCCUGCCAUCGCAAUCAUUCUUUGCCACGUCGAUCAUACCAGUGUGCGAUCUGUCCAAAGUCAAGAUCAACUCGUAUCUGGUCGACUUCUUCCAGCAUGGCAAUGCCAUGGACCUGAUCACAAACAACAAGUUGCGACAGAGUGAUGUGUUCAAUCUGCUGCAGGACUUUGUGCUGAUACUCAAGACCAUUGCCACGGCACUGGAGCGCCGCCAGCCGGACCACCCCAUCACGCUGGCCUUCCAACGCGCCUCUCACAAGUACCUGGAGAAGUUUGAAUCGGCCUAUCCCAACGCCGAACUGGCCAAACUCUCAAUCCGCGAUGGCAACACCAAGCAGGUCGUCCAGUGGCCCCAACGUGCAGCUGCCGUAGGAGCAGUUCCAAGGUGGGUGGAGAAGAAGAACAAACAGGUCAAGCAAAUUCAAGCAGCGGCAAUGGAUGAGGUGUUUGAUCCAGCCAAUCCAAUGGCCACCAACCAUCUCAAGCCCUUCACAAAGAACCUUCAACCACAUGCCUUUUUCAAGGCAUUAUUGGUUGCCCAGGAACAGAACCAGGUGCCCGCCGAACACCUGGUCUACCACGCGACGCGCCUCUACUUCAGGGACAAUUCACUCUCUCAUAUCACCGCCACAUGGAUCAAGAAUGGACCCAGUAUGUUUGAGUGCCUCCUUAGCAUGUCAGAUAAGUCCGUUCACCAAGUGAUGAAAGCGCUGUGCGAUAUCAGAGACAAAGAAACCCCACCCUCUGCCUUACGAUCUUGCGUCAUUCACAUGGUAGGCCUGGAUGUGAGUGCGGACCACAUUAAGUCUUUGAAGGAGUGGGUCAAGUCGCACCCAGAGUACCGCGAACAGCGUAUCGAAGUGAACAUCAUGGUGCAAAAGAAGCAAGAGCGCUACCAGACCAUUCUCCGCACAGUGCGCAGUGCGGCCGAAGCUGGAGACUAUGAAAUGACCAAGAGUCUGCGCUCGUUCAGGGACAGCCCCAACGAGUUUGUAAGGGCAGUCAUAUACAUGCUCACACAGACCAACAACAUCUUUAGCCUGGACAACAUCGUGCGCAUUGCCACCAAAGCCUACUGUCAAUUUGAUACCUACGACAACAAGGUCAUGUUCAAGUUGUUCCGCGAUUGGAAGGUGUAUGACAAGUUGUUCUCGAUCAAUGAACGUGCUGGCAUUCUCUUCCUGGAGACCAUUACCGAGAUCGCAAACAAUGCCAAGUCAUUCAACAUGAUCGUAUUCAUGGGCCACUUGAUGCAACUCACAUCAUUCCCAGCGGGUAACGUGGAGGUCCGUCAAUGGCUCAUCCUCCACAAGUUCUCACAAGGCAAACUAAAGAAGUUGAGGCAAUCUCGCGAUGGUUCCAAAGCUAUACAGGUUGUGGACUACCAACCCGGCAUCUUUGACGACGACGAACAAGAGGAAGAUGAGGACCAAGAUGACCAAUCCAUUGAAGCACCAGCUCCUGCUCAAGUAUCAGUGACAUCCCCCUUGUUGACUCCCUCCAAUUUGUCCCAAGCCCUCUCUGCCCCUGUACCAAAGGCAUCCCCAGCUCUGGCUGAGUCAAUCCAGGACACCGUCCCUGCCCCUGCUCCCAUCCCACAAUCAACGCCAGUCCUCGCUCCUGUACCCGCCGAGUUUCAAGUUCAAGUCCAGCCACUUCUGCAGCCCUUUCUUGCCCCCGCCUCACCCGUUCAAGCCCCAUCAGCAUCCAUCUUAGCGACAAUGAUCAAAGUGUCCACCAAAUUGACAUUUAAUGCCGAUAUAUUGCAACGUGCUCAAUCAAUCUUUGGCCAUGUCAAGGGCAAGAAGCAGAGAAAGAGAGUAACAAAUGGAUAUAAGGCUGGGUUCAAGAAUCGAAACACUUCACCCGAGGUCUAUUGUCGUGCUGCAAUCGUCGCAUUUGUCCUGUCAUACCCUGAUGAGAAUGUUCACGAGCAAUUCUUCCAGAGCACCAAGAAGACGGAGAAGUUCGCCAAGAACAUGGAGGCUGUGGACAACAGACACUCAAUAGGAUGGAUGGUUGAUGAGCUCUCCAGCAUCUUCCCCAACCACUUGGAGGAGAUACUCAAACUCUUUGGACACGUCAUCUACAAUCACAAACACAGACCCUCGAUCAACAAAUGGUUGACCACCCUUCCACUCCCCGAUCAACAGCGUCUCAGCAUAUUCGUCAAGCAAGGCUUCUUCACCGACUCUGACUUUGAUAACACACGCACCUGGUUCCCCAAGAUGAAGUACCUCUUGCCACAUCCACCAUCAGCGCGUAAGACAAACAAGUAA